GAAUCAGAGUAAAAAUCUUUAUGCUCUCUCUUUCUUUCUCUCUCCAGGGGCCAACUGGUCCAGUAGGUGAUAAUGGAUUACCAGGACCUCCAGGACCCCAAGGACCACAGGGACCCAGUGGACGCUCCAUCAUAGGAUCCCCAGGUUCUGCAGGAGAGAAAGGACAGAAAGGUGAUGCGGGACAACCAGGACCUCAGGGGGUUCCUGGCAGACCUGGAGGUGUGGGAAGAGAAGGACCUGCAGGAAUCAGGGGUCUUACAGGUAAAGACGGACCACCAGGCAGACCUGGCCCUACAGGAAGCAUUGGCUCUCCAGGAGCUCCAGGGUCCCCAGGUAUCACAGGCAAUCAAGGAAAACAAGGAGAGCUGGGACCACCGGGUCCAGCUGGGGGCAAAGGGGAGAGAGGUGAACGGGGCGACCUCCAGUCCUCGGCUUCAGUUCAGGCCAUCGCCCGGCAGGUCUGUGAGCAGCUCAUCCAGAGCCACAUGGCGCGCUACAACUCCAUCCUGAACAACGCACCAAGUCCACCCGUGUCCAUCCGCACUGUGCCAGGACCUCCAGGAGAGCCUGGAAGACAGGGAACUCCAGGGGCCCAGGGAGAACAGGGACCUCCCGGAAGACCAGGGUUCCCAGGACAGAGCGGACAGAACGGGCAGCCGGGAGAAAGAGGUCAACUCGGUGAAAAGGGCGAAAAAGGAGCUCAAGGUGUCGGCGUCCAAGGCCCCCGAGGAACUCCAGGAUCGCCCGGUGCUCAAGGGCAGGGCAGACCCGGCAGCCAGGGUCCCACGGGACGACCUGGAAACCCUGGAACCCCUGGUAGGUCUGGGGUUCCUGGUCCUGUUGGCCCUGCUGGACCUCCGGGCUACUGCGACCAGAACUCGUGUGUGGGCUACAAUGUUGGAGAGGAGGGUGAGGAUGUCAUUGACCGCGGCGCUAUGUCCGCAGUCCAACUGCCGCCCAACGUCUACCAGAACUACGGCGAGGUGGAGGAGGACGAUCCGUACCGCUACUACCAGCCCAACUACCCGGCGCCGCGGCCAGUGGCGCCAGACGACCCCGCGCUCGCCCAGGACGACUACGAACUCAGCUCACCCGGCGUCCGCCGCAGCGUCCGGAGCGUGGAAGGAGGAGAGGAGGAGAGAGUCGGGCCGAAGAGGAGGCUAAAGAGAGCGGCGAAGAGCGGACUCAUUAAAUGAGAAGAGGUGGAUGGUGGGCGGAGGGCCGCUCGCUGUUUCUGAUUGGGCGGUGUGGAGUCGUUACGGACUAAUCAACAAGUGCCUGAUGUAGAGGAUUUCUUACGGACAUUAGAGGGGCCGGGGUGGGGGUUUCAGUCGGGGAUAUGUUAACUCAUCUAUGCUAAGUUUAUGUUGUUUUAUUUGUUCUUGUUCAAAUGAAUUUAUUUUAACUGGAUUUUAUAUUUCAGCGUGAUUUUUAUCCCAAGAUGUUUCUCUGCUAAUUAUUCAAAAGUUUCUCUGAUCACACUUAAAGUUCUCCCGAUCACACUUAAGUUUCUCUGAUCACAUUUAAGUUUCUCUGGCCACAUUUAAGUUUCUCUGGUCACACUUAAAGUUCUCCCGAUCACAUUUAAGUUUCUCUGGUCACAUUUAAGUUUCUCCCUUCACAUUUAAGUUUCUCCCGUCACUUUCAAGUUUCUCUGAUCACAUUUAAGUUUCUCUGGUCACAUUUAAGUUUCUCUGGCCACAUUUAAGUUUCUCCCGUCACAUUUAAGUUUCUCUGAUCACACUUAAAGUUCUCCCGAUCACAUUUAAGUUUCUCUGGUCACAUUUAAGUUUCUCUGGUCACAUUUAAGUUUCUCCCUUCACAUUUAAGUUUCUCCUGUCACUUUCAAGUUUCUCUGAUCACAUUUAAGUUUCUCUGGUCACAUUUAAGUUUCUCUGGCCACAUUUAAGUUUCUCCCGUCACAUUUAAGUUUCUCUGGUCACAUUUAAGUUUCUCUGAUCACAUUUAAGUUUCUCUGGCCACGUUGAAGUUUCUCUGGCCACAUUCAAGUUUCUCUGGCCACAUUUAAGUUUCUCCCGUCACAUUUAAGUUUCUCUGAUCACAUUCAAGUUUCUCUGAUCACAUUUAAGUUUCUCUGGCCACGUUGAAGUUUCUCUGUCCACAUUCAAGUUUCUCUCACCACAUUUAAGUUUCUCCCUUCAAGUUCAAGUUUCUCUGAUCACAUUUAAGUUUCUCUGGCCACGUUCAAGUUUCUCUGGCCACGUUCAAGUUUCUCCCAUCACAUUCAAGUUUCUCCCGUCACAUUUAAGUUUCUCUGGCCAUGUUCAAGUUUCUCUGGCCACAUUUAAGUUUCUCCCGUCACAUUUAAGUUUCUCUGGCCACAUUUAAGUUUCUCUGGCCACGUUGAAGUUUCUCCCGUCACACUCAAGUUUCUCUGGCCACAUUUAAGUUUCUCCCGUCACAUUUAAGUUUCUCCCGUCACAUUUAAGUUUCUCCCGUCACAUUUAAGUUUCUCUGGCCAUGUUCAAGUUUCUCUGGCCACAUUUAAGUUUCUCCCGUCACAUAUAAGUUUCUCUGGCCAUGUUCAAGUUUCUCUGGCCACAUUUAAGUUUCUCUGGCCACAUUUAAGUUUCUCUGGCCACGUUGAAGUUUCUCCCGUCACACUCAAGUUUCUCUGGCCACAUUUAAGUUUCUCCCGUCACAUUUAAGUUUCUCCCAUCACAUUCAAGUUUCUCCGGCCACAUUUACAGUGAAGCUGAGACUCCCCACAAAAGAAAAUGAACAGGCAGUCCUUGAUUUGUUGACGAUCUUUCUCAGAGGCUUUUUUUGUCAUUGCACGAUAUCUGUAGUGGCUCAUAUAUAAGUUUCUCUGGCCACAUUUACAGUGAAGCUGAGACUCCCCACAAAACGAUGAACAGGCAGUCCUUGAUUUGUUGACGAUCUUUCCCUGAGGCUUUUUUUUUUGUAAACAGAUGAUUUCAAUAUUUGGGAUUGGUCGGUGAAAACAGUGAACUAACAUUCAUACCUGGUCUGCAGCGACCGCUAUAACCUUCCUCACCCCUCAGACUUCGCCAUCCCUCUCUCUGCCGUUUAUUUCUUUCACAGAUUAUUUAAAAUAAGAAACAAAAAGCUAUUUAUGUAAAGUUUUGCAUGUUUUUAUUUACCAUGGACUCGUUUGAGGUGUUACUCGGCGUCACAUGCAGUUCCUGUGACAGUGUGAAGCUGAAAGUGACGCUCUGUAUCUGAGAAGGUUUCUAAAGGCGCUAACAGCUGGUGCGAGACAGAGUUCUAAUAUUUUAAAUGCUUUCUGGUUAUUGACAGAAGCUGUUUGUCGUGUUUCUGAGGGAUGAGAGAAACAGAAUUAAACAGAUUAGGAAAUGGUUUUUGUUUUAAGGACUGACAUCUGGUUCCCACUUUUUUUUUUUUUGUUUUGUCUGAUUUGUGUGAUUUUGUCUUUGGAUUGAUCUGCCUCCAUUUGUCACAGUUAUCAUUAAGCUAGUUGUCUUUAAACCGGCUGCCAUCUGUCGCUGGUCUCUGUUCACUUUUCAUGUUUCCUGCAGAAAUGAGAGAAGCACAGCGGCUCGGUCCAGAGUUCAGACACACUCGUUUAUUUGUUCUUGAUUUAGUUUGAUCCACCGGAGAAGAGAAGUCCAUUUAUUUGGAGAAAACGUGCCUCGUGUGUUUACUGUUUUCCUCUCAGAGCCCAGAAUUAAAGCACUCUUUAAACUUUUACAAACAACAGUUCCGGUGUUUGUGAGGCGUUCAGGGCUGCAGGAGAACUCCAGAUUUCCCCUCCUCACCUCUGACCAGGAUACGUUCAGAAAUUACAAAAAAAAGAAUCAAGGAAGUAAUUUAUUUUUUACUUGGUAUUGAUUUUCUCAGAACAAUAAAACUGAAGUACAA